AUGGCUGAUUCUCCAAAUGCCACAGAUUGCAUCUUGAAGGAUGUUUGGCGUAUAAAAGGAUCCGCAGUUCAGCAAGAGUAUGACUCUCUCACUUCUCUGAAAUCAUGAAGGUUCUGGUGGUAGCGGUGCUCUUUCUGGCGGCUGCCCAGGCCAAGUCCGUGGCGGACUUAGACCUGCAGUUCGUCCACAAGUACGUGACCCCGAACCCCCGCCACACCGCGGAGGAGUGGGAGGCCAUCUACGCCGCCGCUGAGGCCGACACUCCAGAGAACACCACUGGACUCGUGCUGGGGACAGUCCCGCAACCUGAGGAUGCCGGGAAGGUGUUCGUGGAGCCUGCGGACCGCAUCAUCGCCGGUUCAUCCGCUGCCCUGGGUCAGUUCCCCUGGCAGGCGCUGCUGAUCCUGGGAGGAUCCGGCCUGUGCGGCGGUUCGCUCAUCUCCAACCAGUGGGUCCUCACAGCCGCCCACUGCAUGGUCGGAAUAAACAGCUACCGCAUCACUCUGGGUGCAACUAGCCGGACCGCGGCCCAAGCUGGGUCCGUGACGGAGAGUGCGCGCCAGGCGAUCAUUCAUGCCAACUACAACGACAACACCCAUGUCAACGACAUCGGCCUGCUUCAUCUGGCUUCAGCAGUCGCUCUCAACAACCACAUCAAUGUCGUCAAGCUGCCCCACAACGCUGGAAACACAUACGCUGGAUCAGCGGCCACAGUCAGCGGCUUCGGGCGCGUAAACAGCGGCAACAACGCGGUGGCGUCGGUCCUGCAGUACGUCAACGUGGAGAUCAUCACGAACGCCGUGUGCGCGCGCACCUGGGGCAACAGUGUCACGGCGUCCAACAUCUGCAGCCUCGGCUCCAACGGGAGGAGCCCUUGCAACGGUGACAGCGGUGGUCCUCUGGUGGUCCACGAGGGCAGCGGGUACACCCUGGUGGGAGCCGUGUCCUUCGGCGUCCAGAACUGCCCGGCCAACCACCCGGCCGUGUACGCCCGCAUCACCAGCUUCCUCGCCUGGAUCAAGUCCCACAGCGGCGUCGCCUAAUGAGCCCCUUACCCUCGGGACGCCAGCGUUUGCUACCGCAAACCAUUAAUUUAAAUAAAUUGCAAAAAAAAAGAAAAGAAAUAAGUAAAUAAAAUCCUAUUGAUUACAAAAAAA